AUGUCCGACACAGACAAGACCACUACUACCGCCAACAAGUUCACUGAGCGUGAGCUUCAGAUUCUAGGCUGGGCCAUGCAGUCGCUCAAGUCCGGCCCUCCAGAGAUCGACUACGAGAAGCUUGCUGGGUUCGCUAGUAUGAGCAACCCGCGCUCUGCUAGCAACGCAUGGGCUAAGAUCAAGGUCAAGCUGAUAAACCCGGGUUCCGACGACAACCCUCCAGCUACCCCCAAGAAGACCCCCCGUAGCAGGAAGUCUGCUGCUCCCAAGACUGCCGGUGAUGAGGGCGACGUCGCUGCCAGUCCCAAGCCAACUCCUCGCAAGCGCGCCUCCAAGAAGCAGGACGUCGACGGCGAGUCUUCUCCCAAGAAGAAGACUGCUCGCGGAAAGAAGUCUUCUGAUGACGAAGCUGUCAAGACUGAGCCAGAAGAAGACGAGGACACCAAGCCCAGCUCUUCUCCUGUCAAGGCCGAACCCGAUGAAGAUGCCGAAGGAUACGAGGACGUUGAGGUCUAA